CUUAAUUCGCUUCGUAUUCAUAGUGAAAACUUGACCAUUAAACGGAAAAGGAUUACACAAUGAAUAAUAACGUUAAUGGAGCAGUAGAUGGACGUACUAUAGUAGAAUAUUCGUCGUUAGAUGAGUCGGUGAAAGAGUUGCUAGAAGCAGCAAUUAAAGUUCGCGACAACGCCUACUGCCCAUAUAGUAAUUUUCCUGUGGGAGCAGCUUUGAGAACGACAUCGGGCGAAAUAGUAACUGGAUGCAAUGUGGAAAAUGGGGCUUUCGGUCCGACGGUGUGCGCGGAGAGAACAGCCGUUUGCAAAGCUAUUAGCGAGGGGCAUCGUGAGUUCACAGCCGUAGCGGUUGCGGCCUAUCAGGAAGCUGAAUUUACAGCUCCCUGUGGAACUUGUCGCCAGACUUUGUCGGAAUUUAGUACAAAAGAUAUCCCCAUUUAUCUAGUGAAGCCUUCUCCUGUGAGGGUUUUGGUAACGUCUCUAUUUAAACUACUACCCCUCGCCUUUUCUCGUACAUUUUUGAACAAGUAGUACCACAUGGUAAAUCUAUACAAAAUUCGGGAUACACACAAUGCACCCAACAUGCACAAGCAAAAUGCAGAUGAGAAUAUUAUCGUUUAACGUAGUUAUCAACUAACCAGCGCAGAUAUACCUUAUCUUAUCGGAUCACCUUCUAUCUUGUUUUGUUAUGAAGUAUAAUUUAAAAUGAUUUAU